AUGCAAGGGCACUGCCAUCAGUUUAGACUUCUCCUCCAAUGCAUUGCAGGGCCUGCCCACUGGAAGGAGGUUUUUCCUGUCGCUAAUGGAGACCGUCAGUCACCCAUCGACAUCAAAACUGAGGAAACCAAGUAUGAUCCCUCUCUCCGUCCUCUAAAUCCCAAUUACGAUCCGGCUUCUGCUAAAAUCAUCCUUAACAACGGGCACUCCACCAGUGUUGAGUUUGAUGACACCGUCAACAAAUCAGUGCUGACCGGGGGGCCGCUCAGUGGGACCUACAGGCUGCGACAGAUUCACUUCCAUUGGGGGUCUAACGACGAAGCCGGCUCCGAGCAUGCGGUGGAUGGGAUGAAGUACGCGGCAGAGCUUCACGUGGUUCACUGGAACUCAGAAAAGUAUUCCAGUUUUGUUGAGGCAGCUCGUCAGUCAGAUGGAUUAGCAGUCAUGGCUGUAUUUCUGAAGAUUGGUGAAUGCAACCCUCAGCUGAAGAAGAUUACUGACCGCUUGGACACCAUCAGAAUCAAGGGUAAAAGAGCACUAUUUACAAACUUCGAUCCUAGCUGUCUCCUUCCCAAGUCUCUGGAUUACUGGACUUACUUUGGCUCCCUCACUGUUCCACCUCUUCUUGAGAGUGUCAUCUGGAUUGUUCUGAGAGAGCCCAUAAGUGUUUGUUCUGAACAG